UGAAGUCACCACUGACAAUAAUGUCGACUUUAAGAUAGAAAAUCCAAGUUUGAAGAUCAAUCCACAAUCACCUUUACAUAUGAGAUUCUUCAUUCAAUAUAACGCUAAGAAUAAACCACCAAAACUCCUAAACAUCAGGUUUAAUGGAAAGGAAAUAUGCACAGCUAAAACUGUUAGAGAUACAUCUAAAAUUGAUAUCACAACUACGACUACAGCAAGGCCUGUGGUGAACACAUCGAGAAUCAAUGAGAGGUUGCAAAGUACCCAAAAACCGACACAAAAAUAUUGGAUUCAGGCGACCAGUGAGAACAGCCCAGUAAAAGCUGAGGAUAAGACAAAACAAACUACUGUCAGACCGUCAAUUUGGAAUCACGCUUUCUUUCAAGUGGCCAAUGACGCCAAAAAACCCGUCGAUAAACUAUCUUCCCAAGUUUUGAAUAACAAACCAGUGAGCACAAAGCCAAAAGAACAGGCACAAACAAUUACAGAAACCAAGACACAGCCGAUCCCAGCUGCAUACAUCCGACCACUAGAAUCUGAAACCAAACAAAAACCUCUACCAGUCAUAGACAACUGGCCGAAUAGAAAUCCAGUUAAGGGCAAAAGACCACCAAUAACAUUUGUACUAAGCAACGAAGGUGCUACUCCAGACCAAGAGGAUAAAGAUCAGCCUAUAUACGAAAGACCGAAGAGCCAAGAUCAGUCUGGGAACAGGCAAAUUGUACAGACAGAAGCGUCUUACACAGUGCCUGCUAAAACACAGGAAGAUGAUAUUGUUGGCAAGUGGCCUGAAGAACAACCAUCCCGAUGGACUGACGUAAACAACGGCAGAGUGACAUUGGAAUCAGCUGUUGAUCGUCCAAAAUACGAGGACCAGAACUCGGGCAGUCGCGAUCAACUGCCCGCUAGAUACCAAGCCACUACUGAAACUCCUCCAAGACAGACUGAUUCCCCAGAAAUCGCAGAUUUUGAUAACAUUGAGGGCGCGAAGGACGAAUACGAAUACUACGGCGGUGGUCUCCCUACAAUCUACAUACCAGCUCACGUGCCUAGUAGAGUGGCUGACGCAAACUGUGGGAUGGCUACCGAUGAGGCGAGAUGGCCCUGGCAAGUAGCAUUGUAUCAGCAGCAAACUGUAGACUUCAAGUAUAUCUGUGGAGGGACCCUGAUAUCCCGUCGGCACGUCGUCACAGCCGCCCACUGCAUCUGUAGAAAGAGAAGCCGCAGGGUCGUGAACCAUAACACCCUGACCAUGUUCUUAGGGAAACCCAACCUAAGGAUAUCAGGGGAAGGUGUUCAAGUAACCUUUGUGAACAACAUAAUAGUCCAUCCGGAGUACAACUCAACCACGUUCGAUCGCAACGUCGCCAUGUUGGAACUCCGGAGCCCAGUGACGUACUCCACUUGGGUACAACCUGCCUGUCUGUGGCCGGAAGCUGAGGUGGACCUCGGCAGUAUUAUCGGGAAGAAAGGAUCGGUGGUUGGCUGGGGCUUGGGUUCGGCUAAACAAGAGCUGAAUCUGUUGGAGAUGCCUGUGGUGGACCGGGAGACGUGUCUCGGUGCCUUCGGGGACUUCUAUCGGCAGUACACUUCUAGCUACACGUAUUGUGCUGGAUACGGUACUUCCACUUGCAAUGGUGACAGUGGCGGCGGCAUGGUCUUCAAGAAGGGCGGGAGCUGGUACCUCCGCGGUCUGGUGUCCUUGACCUUCGCUAAGAGGAACGACGGCCGCUGUGACCAGGACCAGUAUGUCAUCUUCACUGACUUGGCGAGGAUGCUGCCUUGGAUUGAGAAAAAUUUAGGAGAUUAUUAGAUAGGAUAAAUAAAUUGAUGAGUCGAUGAAA